AUGAUCUGGCUCUCAGCGCCGCCCUCACUGUCAUCGCGUAAGACGCUGGUCGCCGCAUUAUUCGGCCUCUUAUUGUUCUGGCAUCUCUUCUCAUUUGACUGGUCGACUUUCCGUCAAUUUCAUCCUCCAACUUCCAUCAAGCCGCUUCCAACUGAGAAGCCCCAUAAACUACCUCUUGUUCAGGCUGACGCAAGUAAAUUUCGCCAUACUGCAACGACUCAGAGUCGACAAAGAGCUGUUCGCGAUGAGUUUCUACGCAGUUACAAAUCGUACAGGCAGUACGCUUGGAUGAGGGAUGAGCUCACGCCCAUUUCCGCUCAGGGCAAGGAUACUUUUGGCGGCUGGGCAGCAACCUUGGUCGACUCUUUAGACACGCUCUGGAUUAUGGAUCUCAAGCACGAGUUCGGCGAAGCUGCCCAGGCCGCUGCGACGUUGGACUGGGCCAAGACUGAUGAAGGUGCUGUCAACCUGUUUGAAACCACGAUCCGUCAUCUCGGUGGUCUUCUUGGCGCCUAUGAACUGAGCGGCGAGAAGGUACUACUCCAGAAAGCUUUGGAGCUGGGUGAAAUGCUGUAUGUUGCUUUUGACACGCCGAACCGAAUGCCUGGCUUCUGGCUCAACUUCGAAGAAGCCCGAACUGGGAAACAAGUUGCUGGAGUUCAUGAUCCUUCGGCUUCACCUAGUUCCCUCGUCAUGGAGUUUACCAAGCUCUCGAUGUUAACUGGUUACCCCAAGUUCUACGAUGCAACAGAUCGCGUGUCGCAGUUUCUCGAAAGGAUUCAGAACAGCACGUUAUUACCAGGCAUGUGGCCUCUUAGCCUGGAUUUCCAGAACGAGCAAGCACAUGACAAUACGUUCUCUCUCGGUGCACUAGCUGACUCGCUCUAUGAAUACUUGCCUAAGAUGCAUGCACUUCUGGGCGGCGUGGAUGAGAAAUACCCCGUCAUGUACCGCACGGCCAUGGAUGUUGUAGCCAAGCAUUUGCUCUACCGACCCAUGGUACCGGGACAAGACGACAUACUAUUCUCCGGCGACACCCGUGUCAAUAACGACAAGAUCGAGCUGAGCACCGAAAGCCAGCAUCUUACAUGUUUUGCCGGAGGCAUGUUCGGGCUCGGCGGCAAGCUCUUGGAAAUUGACGAGCACGUCAAGAUUGGAGAAAAGCUCGCACGGGGUUGUGGCUGGGCGUACAAGUCAUUCCCAACAGGCAUGAUGCCCGAGAUCUUCAAUCUUCUGUCAUGUCCAAGUCUAGAGCCUUGUAGCUAUGAGAGAGAGCGUUGGACUCCUGCACGAGACGGUAUACCGCCUGGUUUCCAACAUGCUCGAGACGCACGAUAUCUCCUCCGGCCUGAAGCUAUUGAGAGUGUCUUCAUCAUGUAUCGCAUCACAGCCGAUCCGAUCUGGCAGGAUAUGGCUUGGGACAUGUUCCAAGCAAUUCUCCGAUUCACGUCCACUCCGUAUGGCAACGCAGCAAUUGAAGACGUUGUCAAUCUGAAUACUAAACAGACGGAUUCCAUGGAGAGCUUCUGGCUAUCUGAAACACUUAAAUAUUUCUACCUCAUCUUUUCACCGCCAACUCUCAUAACCCUGCCACCCCGUCCGCAUGGCCGCCACGGGUUUGAGAUAGCUAUCAUCUGUGCUCUUACUCUCGAGGCUGAUGCCGUUGAAGCUUUGUUCGAUUGCUAUUGGGACGAUGACGGUCCGCCUUUCGACAAAGAGCCAGGCGACCCCAACAGUUACUCCACCGGUGUGAUCGGCCGGCACAACGUUGUUCUUGCAUAUAUGCCAGGAAUGGGUAAAGCCAACGCUGCUGCAGUGGCUUCCAAUUGUCGAGCGAGUUUUCGAGGCAUCAAACUUGCCCUUGUGGUUGGUGUGUGUGGUGCUGUCCCCUUUGGCCCCGCUAAUGACGAGAUCGUGCUCGGAGACGUCAUAAUUAGUGAUGGUGUUGUGCAGUAUGACCUUGGGCGGCUAGACUCACUGGGCAGGCCGAGCCAAGAGAUACGAGGAAUCAUGGCAAAACUCAAAGGACUUCGGCAUCAUCGGCAGCUGAGCUCCAAGAUGGCAGACUACCUGAAGGUUCUUCGUCAGGAACCUGAACUGCGUGCUGAAUAUCCUGGACCUACAAAGGACAGACUGUUCGAGGCUUCUUACCGUCAUACACAAGACAAGAAGUUGUGUGAGCAGCUCGGAUGCAAUGGUAACCUAGUGUCACGAAGCCGCCUCGAGACUACUGAGGUGUGUCUCCCACCUGCUGUCCACUUCGGUCUCGUGGCUUCUGGAGACUCGGUGAUGAAGUCUGGCGAGGACCGAGACCAAAUCGCAGCAGCGGAAGGCGUUAUUGCGUUUGAGAUGGAGGCUGCUGGCGUCUGGGAUACCUUCCCAUGCGUUGUCAUCAAAGGCGCUUGUGACUAUGCUGACAGCCACAAAAGCAAAGUCUGGCAGCGAUAUGCAGCAGCUACUGCGGCAGCUUGUACAAAGGCUUUUCUGGGUUUCUGGAUCCCUUCACCUCCUCAAGGUUUGUUCCAUUGA